AUGUCAUCACGCACGCGGUCCUCGCAGGCUUCGGAUGAUAAGACCGAUGCAAAGAUAGAUUGCGAUGCGGGCACAAAUCUGCUUUGUCGCAUUCGCAAUAUGUGGCAAUUUGCCAACUUUUGUCAAUGGGUCUACAUUUUCGGUAGAGCGGCCAACAUUGACGACUCCGUUGAUGUUGAGCAUAUAGAGGCCGAGUGCCUCAACCCACACUCUACCCUGUUGCCGGACCUUGCUCUUGCGGUCCUCAAGUUGGUGUCGUCGCAACGUGGGCUAACUCGCGAUGUACUCGACGACCAGAUGCGUAAGAUGUACACAUCCAAGGCACCCAAGGAGAGAAAUCCUUUCGGUAACGAGGAUAACGCUCACAAAUUUGCCGACUUCGAUGUAUUCACAAAGAUCCAAGUCCUUCAACGACUGACGCAAUGGGCCAUGAUUCGUCCAGAGCGCCUUCGUGAAAAGAUGGAUGAGCAGAGAGACGUUGAACAGGCCAGCUGGCGAAUCGAGCCGUACGGUUGGGACAAGGAAGACCGGACCUACUAUGUUCUGGAUGACAAUCGCGUAUACCGAUUGAGCGAACCCCCCCAAGCACCCCCUCGGACGAAAUCAAAAAAGGGUAAAGCAUUCCGAGCCCGACAACAAUCCGGCGCAAGGCGGAUGGCCAAUUCCGCAGAUCACAGGGUCGAAGGUGGCGGCAAGGUAGAGCCCGUUGAUGAUGGACUUGGAGGCCAUGUUUGGGAGUGCAUCGCCGUCACACUCCAGGAUGUAAGGAGGGUUCUGGAAAGUCUGUCCCGGACACGAGACGGAAAUGAAACAACGUUGCGAAAACAGCUGGAGAUGCACCUUGUCCCCAUCCUGGAAAAACAGGAGGAGUCACAAAAACGUCAUCAGCUGCAGAGAGAGCGAGAACUCCUCAACCUGGCCAAAAUGGCUAACGCGAAAAGGUCAAGCCGACUGGCGGGCAAGGCUGAGCUGCAAAAACAGAAAGUCAUGGACAUGGAAGCAGAGCGACAGAAAAGAGAGGCCGAGGAAACCAAGCGGAAGGAAGAAGCAGAGCGCUUGAAGUUGGAACGGGCGCGAGACUUCAGAAUGUUCUCGCGACAGCGCCGCUUGCAGGAACGAGAGACUCGCCGGCUUCAACAUGAAGAAGAGCUGGCACAACUGUCAGCGGAUAGUAAGAAUGCUCACACUACUGCUGGCCGAAUGUCAGAACGUCGACUACAAGCGGAGAUGCAGAAAAGCAGGCAAGCCCUCCAGGAUCUUGAGGAUGACUGCGAGGACUGGGUAUUCGACUGCACCUGCGGGUUGUAUGGACAAAUCGAUGACGGCACGCAUAGUGUCGCCUGUGAGAGGUGCAAUGUUUGGCAACACAGCAGGUGCCUGGGCAUUAGCAAGGACGAGGCCGAACGUCCCGAGUUCCGAUUCAUUUGCAGUCCCUGCAAGCGACGCGGUGAAGCCGACUUUGCCCCCCCUAGGACUGUGAUCAAGUUAAAGCUGAACCCGUCCGGCCGCUCCGUCACCAAUCCUACGCCUGCCGGGCAUACUGAUGUCUCGCCCGUCAUCCUGGGCCCUGAGGACCGCUUCAACACCAUGGAGCCGCUGGUCCGAUCUCCCGUCUCCACGGGUCGAGACCCUUCUAUGCCCAUGAUGGGACAACCAACACCACCUCAACCGCCAUCUGCCCAUGACGGGAUUACUACUUUGCACCACCUUAGCAUCAUCGGUAUGGCUCACACUGCGGGUGGAUCUCAUUUUCAGCCCACCACGGUGGGCAGGGCUGUGACGCAGAACGAGGCCAUUCGCAUCCAACCAACACAAUCUCCCUGCCUCGAUAGUGUCCAUGAUAGAGCUGCCAUCGCGGAGCUGGGAGUUUCUCGAACUUCAACGCCCGCCAAUCCCGCUGCGGCGACCGACAGCAAACAGCUGGCACGAAACGUCGAUCCAUCAAUCAUCGACGUGACCGCGCCAUCCACUAUGGACCGUCAGUUAAUCUUGGAGGUAUCCAACACUUCGCAUGAACCGGCCUACGGCGAGAAAAGCAGUGCCAGAGACAGCAACACAGUUCACAACCUAAAUAUUUUGACGGAGAAUGCUGCCGGAGCUGGCGGGGCCUAA